UUUUAAAAUUAAUAAAUAUCUCAUUACAGAAACCACUGAGUGUGGCGUGUGCGUGCGUAAAACGCGUGUAUAUGCGUAUUGCGUAUAUGUGUGUAGAGAAGUAUACGAGGACCUGACCGUGGGAAAAUGGCGGAACCAGAGUUCAUCCAGAGUAAACCUGAAGGAGAAGAAACAAACCCGUCCUGCUCUCCAGAUCCUGGAACAACCCUAAGUAAAGGAGAACCCGUCCGCUCUGAUCGUCCGUCCAGUGGGACGAAUAGAGCCUCAAGUAGUUCAAGUCGAUCCAGUGAUAGACCUUCCAGUGGUACAAGUCGUUUAAGUGAUCGGACAGGAAGUAGCGCGAGCAAAGCGAGUCACUGUGCUCACAGUAGAACCAGCAGUAGUAGCUCAGGGGACGGACUUCUUCUGUCUGUAUCUGCCCUGGCUAGAGCAGGUGGGCGUGGCACAGGACAAGACACUGAGGGAGGGACUAGACACGCCCCUGAGCCAGACAAGGCGGAACUAGGAGGCUCCGAGCAGUCUUAUAAUUCAUUAGAUUCCGAGCAUUCAUGUACCUGUAGUGGAGGGGAGGGAAUGGGUCAGCGUGAAGGGCGGCCAACCCCUCCUGUGGCAGAACGUGAGGAACCUGAAGGACUGGAGGAGGGNCGAAAAUAA